GCUGGGAUUGAACCAGUAUGAAACGCGUCAAGCGUUGUGUGGAGGUCUGCAGGACUCAUAUCUACUGCAGUCCAUGAAGCCAAACGGGGGUUUUACCGCAGCAAAGAGCGACUGAGUUGCCAUAAAUCAAGAAGGCUGAGAAGAACCAGAUUUUAAAAUCUGACAACGCACAAAUGUCAAGGUGAAGGUGUGUGAACUCACCUGCUCUCCACGACGGCCCCGCCGCUGCUGCUGCUCCCGCUGCCCAUGCUGACCGCUGCUCACUGACCGCUGCUCACCUGCUGCGUGUCCUUGUGCCUCUCGCCCAAACCUGGCAGUGGUCAAAUCCCAUCGUAAAUCCCAUUGAUGCUCUCUGGAUUGGCUGUCAACUGCAACAGAGUUCUGGACAGUGUCUCAAACUGUGCUCAGAUGUGCAAUGACAACAAAGACUGCAUUCUAAAAUCAGACAUCGAUGGCUGGAUACGAGACAGCAUUGUGUCUCGUGAGUCACGCAGCCGAGGACGAGCCAGAUAAUGGCUUAUCUCUCUCUCUCUCUCUCUCUCUCUCUCUCUCUCUCUCUCUCUCUCUCUGGAGGUCACUGUGUACAGCGAGGCUCUUAACGAGCUGUAGGUCACAUGACUCUCUCUGCUGGCUCUCACUGAGCAUGCUCAGUUCACUGUGUUGUCAGGCAAAAAAGAAGACAGCACUGGAACAGACGAGAUCUGCACCAGAUAAACACACAGACACACACAGAGAGAGAGCCGGUGGUAGUGCACAGGGGUUCUGCUGUGUACCGGAUGGUCUGUGUGUGCUGUGUUUCUUGAUGUAUUGUGUUCUUCAUCUGCGGUGUGUCGUGUCGGAGGAGAAGCAUCCGUCUGGCGCUCGCUCCAUCCUCGCUGAAGAAAGCACCGAGCUCAUCUUGCUGAAGACGUCUCCUGUCGUCGAGUGCCUGUUGUUUUGCUGAAAUGGAUCAGAAAAGCUUCAUCCUGUCAGAAAAGCUUCUGUGAACACCAGAGGCAAUGGAUAUCAAAGGCCAGGGCUGGACGGAUGAAGAAUCAGACGGAGAGAAUGAACCGGAGCAGUUCAUGUACGGGAUUCAGGGGAGCUGCGCUGCUGACCUGUACCGUCACCCACAGCUGGACGCAGACAUCGAGGCUGUAAAAGACAUUUACACGGACAGCGCCGUGUCCAUCAGAGAGUACGGCACCAUCGAUGAUGUGGACAUCGACCUGCAAAUCAACAUCAGCUUCCUGGACGAGGAGGUGGCGACCGCGUGGAAGGUGAUCCGAACCGAGCCCAUCGUCUUACGCCUUCGUUUCUCUCUCUCACAGUACCUCGAUGGACCAGAACCAUCUGUGGAGGUGUUUCAGCCGUCCACUAAAGAAGGCUUCAGUUUGGGUCUUCAACUAAAGAAGAUCCUCAGUACGUUCACGUCGCAGCAGUGGAAGCACCUCAGUAAUGAGUUCCUCAAAGCCCAGCAGGAGAAGCGGCACAGCUGGUUCAAAGCCGGAGGAACCAUCAAGAAAUUUCGUGCAGGACUGAGCAUCUUCUCCCCGAUUCCCAAGUCUCCCAGUUUCCCCCUGAUCCAGGACACAGUGUUGAAAGGCAAACUGAACGUGCCCGAGCUCAGAGUCACCCGGCUCAUGAACCGCUCCAUCUCCUGUACCAUGAAGAACGACAAGGGGGAGCUGUUUAGCUAUCCUCCGAACAGCCAGACUGUGGCUGUCCCGGCGGGCAGGGCCCCUGCGCAGAUUACCACCCGCCAGCUGAUUGAAGUUGUUUUGUUUUUCCAGGCGGGCGGACACUGCAAGAACAUCCCCACGCUGGAGUACGGCUUCCUCGUGCAGAUAAUGAAAUACUCUGAGCAGCGGAUCCCCACUCUGAACGAAUACUGCGUGGUGUGUGACGAGCAGCACGUCUUCCAGAACGGCUCCAUGCUGAGGCCCGCGGUUUGCACGAGAGAGCUGUGUGUGUUUUCCUUCUACACGCUGGGGGUGAUGUCCGGAGCGGCUGAGGAGGUGGCCACCGGCGCUGAGGUGGUGGACCUGCUGGUGGCCAUGUGUCGCGCCGCUCUCGAGUCGCCCCGUAAAAGCAUCAUCUUUGAGCCGUAUCCGUCUGUGGUCGACCCCAGUGACCCCAAAACACUCGCCUUCAACCCGAAGAAGAAGAAUUAUGAGCGUCUGCAGAAAGCUCUAGACAGUGUGAUGUCUAUUCGGGAAAUGACGCAGGGCUCAUAUCUGGAGAUUAAGAAGCAGAUGGAUAAACUGGAUCCUCUGGCUCAUCCGUUAUUGCAGUGGAUUAUAUCCAGUAAUCGGUCUCAUAUUGUGAAGCUGCCGCUCAGUAGGCAGCUGAAGUUCAUGCACACAUCUCAUCAGUUUCUGCUGCUGAGCAGCCCGCCUGCAAAAGAAGCUCGAUUUCGCACCGCAAAGAAACUGUACGGCAGCACCUUCGCCUUCCAUGGCUCGCAUAUUGAGAACUGGCACUCAGUUCUGAGAAAUGGACUGGUCAAUGCCUCUUAUACUAAACUGCAGCUGCAUGGAGCAGCGUACGGGAAGGGCAUCUAUCUGAGCCCCAUUUCCAGUAUUUCCUUUGGAUACUCAGGAAUGGGGAAGGGCCAGCAUCGCAUGCCCACUAAAGAUGAGUUAGUCCAGCGAUAUAAUCGAAUGAACACAAUGCCACAGAGUCGUCCCAUUCAGUCGCGGUUCCUCCAGAGCAGGAACUUAAACUGCAUCGCUCUCUGUGAAGUGAUCACGUCCAAAGACCUGCAGAAACAUGGGAACAUCUGGGUGUGUCCGGUGUCUGACCACGUCUGCACACGCUUCUUCUUCGUGUAUGAGGACGGUCAGGUGGGAGAUGCGAACAUUAACACACAGGAGCCCAAGAUCCAGAAGGAGAUCAUGCGUGUGAUCGGCACCCAGAUCUACUCCAGCUGAAGGAGUUCAUUCCUGCAGAGACGGGUGCCGCCUUUCCUCCUCUCUACUCCAUCUGUGCUCUCCUUCGUCUCUCACAUGGGAUGAGCGCGAGGAAAUGAGACGAGGGAAAACUUCAUGAUAAGCCCCGCCCACAACCCUCUGACUUCCCACAGAGCUGCUGUCAGUCAAAAGCAGACCGGCGCCUGAUUGGACGAGACGGUCGGCCAAUGAAGUCGCAUCGUUUUCUCUUUUUCAUAUCGGUUUGAUGGAUCUAUACACAAGAACGUCAUUUAAAAAUGUUUAUUAUUGGAUAGUAAAUGAUGAAUCUGUGUUCGUAUCUUCUUCAUCUGUCUCCUCCGCUGCUCUUUCCGACUGAUGACAUUUAUUAAUAUCCCAGAUGUAUUUAUGUCUGAGUUACCUGCUGAAAACAAUUUCCUGUGUUUUGUUGCUCAGCACGCGUACGGACGCCCGUCGUGAUUUAUCGCCCGACAGAACACGGAUGAGAGGACAGGGACACGUCGUUACUCAUGUUUAUGCUUGUAUCUUCUGGACAGAGUCGUUGUGACGCCGUCUUGACGCCGUCCUCCGAAGGGACGCGCGAGCUGAAGCCAGAGAGACUUUUAUUUCCAUUCUCAGACAUUCCCAGGGCGUGUGGGAUGAUGUACAGUAGCAGUCAAACAUUUGGACAUUUUAUCCACAUGUUAGAAUAAUAGUAAAGUGUACAAACUCUGAAAUCACACAAAUGGAAGUCAAAACUCUUUUAAUCUCUCUUUUAAACUCUUUUUUCAAUUCAUUGCAAUCGCCUCUUCUUCCCUGUUGUCAUCAUUUAUUUAUAGGCUAUUGCACAUUUCAUGCACAGUGGUAAUUCAUAGUGGUUUAUGUAAAAAGGAUUCAAAAUGCAUAAUAAUUGUUUGCAUAAUUGAUGCAUAAUAAAUAAAUAAAUAAAUAACAAAAGCAAAGAAUAAAAAAGUUACAAGCCGUUCAGAACAAUCCAAAACAAAAAUAUCAGUGAUAAACCAGAUAUUAGAUUUAAAUAUAUUUAUUAUUAAACCUGAUUCUGAAUCAUUAAAGAUUUAUGACAGUCGAUCAUUCUUUGCAGAUACCAUAAAAAUAGAUUAAAAUAAAAUAACAAAAUUCUCAGCUACUUCACAGUUUGUUUUUUAUUAUUGGGUUUUUUUUUUUUGCGAUUUUUUUUAAUGUAAUUUUUUAAAAAUGUAUUUGGAUUUUAGAGACGUGACGCUCUCACCAUCUUUACGCCUUGUUUGACUAUUAAAGGAAAACAUAAUUUACUAAUCAUAACCUGCCAAUAUGGCUGGUGAGUUAUGUGUUAACCGGUUAAUUUUCCGUGUUGCACAUAAUUUAUACAAUAUUCCAUAAAAAAUAAGAAUCGGCAAUUUUGAAAAAAUUUAAAAAAUUAAAAAAAAAAUAAGAGAGAAUUUCCUUUUUAAAAACGUAAAAAGGAAUUCAUACAUAGGCACAAUUUAUUUUCGUCUCCCAAACUAAUUUCAGUCAUUCAAGCAGGUGUUUUUGAGGAUUAUUUUAAACAUAAAUUCAGUCUUUUCAGUCCGGAUGUUCGUCUGCUGGUGCGUCUCCUUCUUCUGUUCGUUCUCUGACUGUUUCUCGUCCCGGAGCAUUUAUGGGAUUGUAAAUGAUUAUGUGGUGUUUAUUUGAGGGUGUUGCACCUUUUCUUCUGGAUCUGUGUUGGACAUGCAGGCUGUAAAUAAUGAAGAUGGGACAGGAGGAAUGCUGUCUGAUGUGUGUGAUGUUCAACAGACCCGUCCUGUGUUGUGCAGGUGGAAGCGAUGCUGAACUGAAUAAAUAAAGAGAGAUUUUGCACAA